GGAGACUUGACAGCAGAAUAGAAUCUGAGUAGAUUGACUGAUAUUGAGUGUUGUUGCAUAUUUCUUUUGAGCAUAUAAUUAUUUUUAUUUGACAGCAUAAUUGCAUUUCUACAAAAUGCAGUAGUGAAUGUCACAGCAAAGCUGAUUUUAACACAUUUGUAAUCCAUCUGAUGUGGUUUGUAAUGUCAUAAUCAUGAAUGCUCCUCGUCAUCUGUUUCGGAUCCAGUGUAUUGGGUGCGUUGCAGGGUUUUUGAGAACUCCUGUACAAUGUGUGAUACUACCUGGUGGAGCACAUCUGCAAACCCCUGGAUCACAGCACAGCCAUGGCCAGCUUCAGAGGCCAUUCCACUGCAGUUCAGUAUGCUCCACGAGCCGACCAAACCAGACACCGGAAGAUAAGACACUUAAUAAAGACAAAAGUUUAGUCACACAUGAUGAUUUAUUUGAGCGAGCUGCUAGCGACUCAAAAAGCAAAGCUGAUUUUAAUAGAGUCGUGGAUGUUUUCAGCCAGAAGGACAUUCGACGAAGAGGCCAUGUGGAGUUUAUUUAUGCUGCUCUAAAGAAGAUGCCAGAAUUUGGAGUAGAACGAGACAUUACGGUUUACAACAAACUCUUAGAUGUGUUUCCAAAAGAUACGUUUGUGCCACAGAACUUUAUUCAGAGAACGUUCAACCACUACCCACGACAGCAAGAGUGUGGAAUACAGCUGCUGGAGCAGAUGGAGAACUAUGGUAUCAUGCCGAAUGUAGAGACCAAGGUUUUACUGGCUCAGAUAUUUGGAGAAAAGAGUCAUCCUAUGAGAAAGUUUCAGCGUAUCAUGUACUGGUUUCCCAAGUUCAAGCACGCAAACCCUUUCCCCGUCCCACAUGUGCUCACCAGUGACCCAGUAGAGCUCGCUCGAUUCAGUCUUACCCGGAUUGCAGAUGACCUGAGUGCUAAAAUAACAAUCUAUCAGUAUCCAUCAACAGACAUGACAGAGACUGGUGAAGUUAUGCGUCCCCAUAUUGUUGGUCAUUUUCAGAUACUGUUUGAUGAAAUGAUGUUAUUAGGUAUUCAAAGCCCAGACCAGCGCUCCCUUCUGGCCAAACACAAUCCCUGCAAUCCUGUGUUUGUGGAAGGCCCAUUUCCACUAUGGCUCAGAAAAACCUGUGUUCAUUAUUACCUACUCAGGGCAAAAAAGGUUGAGGAAGAGUUUGACCCUGAGAUGAUUGGUCCAGAGCAGAGUGUCUUCUAUCCUCAGCGAGUGGACCUCGACCUGGAAAGAGACAUGGGUGAUGAUUUCAGUUUCAAUGUGGAUGAUGUGGAAGAGGGGCCGGUUUACGCCAUGUGUAUGACCGGUCAGGGAGACGAGGCUACCCUGUCUAAGUGGAUUUCUGGUCUACAGGAGACUUGUCCCAUACUGGGCCAGAUCCCUACAGUGUUCCGGCUGGCUUCUGGACCCAGAGAACUGCAGACCUCGUCGGAUACUCAGCAAACCCCCAAGCAGGAGGCUGAAAAUGAACAAAUUAUCGAGGAGGAGCCGCUACAAUCACAAAGAAUGAAACAGUGAGAGCCAUGCCAAUGGAUGUGUUUUACGAAGGCAACUGUGGUAGUUUUACAUUAAUCUAAUUUAAUGAACCUUAUAUUUAAUUUAGUUAGGGGAUACUGGUUCAUGUCUUAUCUAUUACACACUGCUUUUCAGUUGAGAUCUGUCUACAGUAUGAAGAGUUGCUCUGUGUGUAAAUAUGCUAUGAACUCAUUUGGCAGUGCAAUAAAACAAACAUUUCUCUGA